CUUUCAUUUACUUGUUCAAAUCUGGACUGUUAGUUUUUAAUGCGUUAGUCACAAUGACCGUUUUUCUACAAGCUGGUGCUACGACGGAUUCUCCACAUGGGAAUUAUCUUAUGGGUUCUCUAUUCACUGCUCUCUUUAGACUUCUUGCUGAUGGGCUUCCAGAACUCACUUUGACUAUCUCUAGAUUGGGAGUGUUCUGCAAACAUAAAGAUUUAUACUUCUAUCCUGCUUGGGCAUAUGCAAUUCCUUCAAUUAUCUUAAAGAUACCUCUUUCGGUUCUCGAUUCAUUCAUCUGGACAUUACUGACAUAUUAUGUCAUUGGUUACAGCCCCGAGGUCAAAAGGUUCUUCCUGCACUUCCUUAUCUUAUCUACAUUCAACCUUUCAUGUGUAUUAAUGUUUCGCGCUAUAGCGGCAAUAUUUCACACAAUUGUUGCUUCCACAAUCACUGGAGCUAUUUCCAUAUUGGUUCUCUCAUUAUUCGGCGGCUUCAUUAUUCCAAAAUCAUCAAUGCCUGCUUGGCUGGGAUGGGGAUUCUGGCUUUCUCCCUUGUCAUAUGCUGAGAUUGGUCUAAGCGCAAAUGAAUUUUUCUCCCCACGGUGGAGCAAGUUAAUCUCUGGCAACACUACGGCCGGGGAACAAAUGUUAGAUAUCCGUGGGUUGAAUUUCGGUAGGCACUCUUACUGGACAGCUUUUGGUGCUUUAGUCGGGUUUGUCUUGUUCUUCAAUGCACUCUAUGUGUUGGCCCUAACGUAUCAGAAUAAUCCGAAAAGAUCCCGUGCUAUGGUCUCGCAUGGGAAGUACUCUCAGCGCAUAGAAGAAGAUUUUAAACCCUGCCCUGAAAUCACUUCCCGAGCUAAAACAGGAAAAGUUAUCUUGCCUUUUAAGCCCCUCACUGUCACAUUUCAAAACGUGCAGUAUUAUAUUGAGACUCCUCAGGGAAAGACGUGGCAACUUCUCUCUGAUGUUACAGGCGCGUUGAAGCCCGGUGUUCUCACAUCUCUAAUGGGUGUCAGUGGAGCAGGGAAAACGACUCUUCUUGAUGUUCUUUCUGGAAGGAAAACCCGGGGUAUCAUCAAAGGAGAGAUCAAAGUAGGCGGGUAUCCUAAGGUUCAAGAAACAUGACGAGUAUCAGGUUACUGUGAACAGUUUGAUAUUCAUUCUCUUAAUAUAACUGUGGAAGAGUCUUUGAAAUAUUCUGCAUGGCUUCGACUCCCCUAUAACAUUGAUUCAAAGACAAAGAACGAACUCGUCAAAGAAGUCCUCGAGACAGUUGAGCUUGAGAAUAUCAAAGAUUCCAUGGUGGGACUUCCUGGAAUAAGUGGUUUAUCUACUGAACAACGCAGAAGGCUGACUAUAGCCGUGGAGCUUGUUUCUAACCCUUCCAUCAUAUUUAUGGAUGAACCUACCACAGGGCUGGACGCAAGAGCCGCAGCCAUUGUUAUGAGAGCUGUGAAAAAUGUUGCUGAGACUGGGAGAACGGUUGUUUGCACGAUCCACCAGCCGAGCAUAGAUAUCUUUGAGACAUUUGAUGAGCUGAUCCUGAUGAAAAAUGGGGGACAGUUUGUCUACUAUGGUCCUCCUGGACAACAUUCAAGUAAGGUUAUCGAGUACUUCGAGAGUAUCCCUGGAGUUCCCAAGAUCCAAAAGAAUUGUAAUCCAGCCACUUGGAUGUUAGAGAUUACUUGUAAAUCUGCACAGGAUAAACUUGGAAUUGAUUUUGCACAAUUGUACAAGGAUUCAACUCUGUAUAAGCAGAACAAAAUGGUGGUUGAGCAACUGAGUUAUGUGUCUCUGGGAUCACAAGCUUUGAGCUUUCCUUCACGAUUUUCACAAACAAUUUGGGGGCAACUAAAGGCUUGCCUUUGGAAACAACAUUACUCGUAUUGGAGAAACCCGUCACACAAUAUCACUCGCAUAGUCUUCAUAUUGCUCGACUCUAUGUUAUGUGGCCUUCUCUUCUAGCAAAAAGCUAAGGACAUAAAUAAUCAGCAAGAUCUUAUCAGCAUAUUUGGUUCCAUGUACACUCUAGUAAUCUUCCCGGGAAUGAACAACUGUGGGGCAGUGAUAAACUUCGUUGCAGCGGAACGCAAUGUUUUCUACCGUGAAAGGUUUGCACGGAUGUACUCCUCAUGGGCGUAUUCAUUUUCUCAGGUCCUAGUUGAGGUUCCAUACUCACUACUCCAGUCCGUUCUAUGUACAAUAAUCGUAUAUCCUAUGAUCGGCUACCAUAUGUCAGUUUACAAGAUGUUUUGGAGCUUGUACAGCAUCUUCUGCUCGUUGCUCAUCUUCAACUACUGCGGGAUGCUUAUGGUUGCUUUGACGCCAAACGUUCACAUGGCAGUGACUCUACGCUCGUCUUUUUUCUCCAUGUUAAAUCUGUUUGCUGGCUUUGUCAUUCCAAAGCAGAAAAUCCCAAAAUGGUGGAUAUGGAUGUACUACCUGAGCCCGACAUCAUGGGUGUUGGAAGGAUUAUUGAGUUCGCAAUAUGGAGAUGUCGACAAAGAGAUAACAGUAUUUGGAGAGAAGAAGAGAGUUUCAGCUUUCUUGGAAGAUUACUUUGGUUACAAACAUGACUCAUUGGUUAUAGUAGCGUUUGUUCUCAUCGCUUAUCCCAUUAUCGUGGCAACUCUAUUUGCCUUCUUCAUGACUAAACUGAAUUUCCAAAAGAAAUAGUUUUUAUGUAAUGAUAGCAGUUCACUCUAUGCUUACUUCAAUUAAGAGUCCAUCGGCUUUUCUUCGUCA